CAUAGUAAGGAGGUUUAGGAACUAGAGGGAGUUGUUGCCGGUGAUACAGUACAGUCAGACAGACACAACUCAAUUUCCUCUUGCAGCUUCCAUAGAAAGCGACAUGACCAGUGUGUUUUAAACAACGAGUGCAGGCGACAGAGAAAGGGAGUUCCCUUCUUGCAGAGGUCAGGCAGGCAGGCAGGCAGGCAGAAAGGAAGCCUGUGGAUGUUUUUAAGAGUUUGCUUAUCUGACACUGACAACAGGAUGAGCAGCUGAGCCAGGCAGCAGAGAGGGGAGGAGAACAUGGAGAGAGCAGCAUUACGUUCAGCACAUUCACAUAGGAGACAUAGAAGAGACAGACACUGGUUACCUUGAAAGAGGUGAAAAGAGAGAAGAGGUAAACAGUCCAAUUUGUCAACUCUGUCCAAAGGAGCCGGAGCGAGAGCCGAGGGAUCGUAACACUGGAGCUCAAGGAUAAACCAUGGACUCUGCAUACAUCCCACCAUACCUGGACGUCCACCAUGUUCCCUGCUAACCUCCUGCUCCUCAUGGUAUUGCUGCUACCUCAAGCCUCGUCUGGUCGGCAGGGUGGAGACACCAGCAAGAUCGACCAUGGCCGGGUGUCCACUGUGCCUUCCUCCAGGCAACUCCCACCAGCUGGUGCCCUCCCCUUGGAGCCCAAUCUGGCUCAGACCAUCCAGAACCUCCUCCUGAGCCGACUGGGCCUGCAGUCGCAGCCCGACCCACGGCCUGGAGUUUCGGUGCCCGGGUACCUCCUGGAUCUAUACCGCUUUCACCAGCAGCAGUACCAUCUAGUGGAGGACCCAUCAUUUAGCUUCCCCAGCCAUCACAUCCAGCAGGCUAACACAGUACGCAGCUUUCACCACAAUGAGCCAGUUAUAGACAAUCCCAAAGCAGAGGAUCGUCAGAGGGUGCCCAUUGCCUUCAAUGUUUCCUCCAUCCCUAACGAUGAGAGGUUGCUCUCCGCUGAGCUUCGGCUCCUUCGCAGUGACAGAGCCUCCCUGGGUCCUGGGGCCCACAGACUAAACCUAUACCUCACUGAGCACCAUGAGGACCCUAAGCCCACCCUGCUAGAAACAAGGGUACUUACAAUCGGCCUCCACAGUCAUAGAGCAAGUGGUUUCUGGGAGGCUUUUAGUCUAAGUGCAGAUCUCCUCCAUAGGGCCCUUGCUGGGACCGGCAGUCUGAGCUUCCUCCUUGAGGUCAGACCUGAGAACAUCACCACCUCCCUCCCUGAACAGAGCCUCUCCUCUGCUACAGGAGAGGAGGAGAGAUACAAACAGGGACACUUGAGGGUGUGCAGGUCCGUGGGUCAGGACGAGCACAGCUGGGCCAAGGAGAGACCCCUCUUGGUGACUUACAGUCAUGACGGGCGUGGAGAGCCCUUAGUUAAACAUGGCAGGAGGACCCCCAGUGGAGGCCAGAGGAGAGGGAGAAAAGGGACAAAGGAGAGGGCCAGGAGCAGCAGCAAGGGCCGCAAUAGAGACCAAGCUUCAGGAAGGUCUGAAAAAAUGGGGUACACAAUGCCAGGCUGGGGAGGUGACAAAGGAGGUGGCAUUUGGAGCGAAAAUGGAAGGGUGAAAAGAAAUGGAGGUCGUGCCGCAAAACUGAAACGCCUUUCCCGUAAUAGAUGCCGCCGUCAUCCUCUGUAUGUAGAUUUCAAUGAUGUAGGCUGGCACAAGUGGAUCAUUGCACCCAGUGGCUACGAUGCCUUCUUCUGCCUGGGAGAGUGUCGCUUUCCUCUGGCCGACCACAUGAACUCCUCCAGCCACGCCAUGGUGCAAACGUUGGUAAACUCUGUGAAUGGAGCAGUGCCGCGGGCCUGCUGUGUCCCCACCUCCCUCAGCCCCAUCGCCCUUCUCUACCUGGAUCCUCAAGACCGAGUGGUGUUGAAGAAUUACCAGGACAUGGUGGUGGAGGGCUGCGGCUGCCGGUAGUGGGCUAGAGAACUCAACCAGAGAAAGUAAGAGGUGGAUGGUGAAACAUCGAGGGAAUAGGAGAAAGACAGAAACAUGAAAAGACAUGGAGGAAAGAAGAGACUGUAGAAGCCAGGUUAUUGCAAACAGAGUGGUAGAGACAAGGGUGACUGCGUAAGACGUAUGAGUGAAGAGGAGGGAGAUAAGGCAAUGGAUAAAGCAACUAAAUAUUUAUCAUUAGGAGUAAAAAAAAAAAAAGGGUAAGCUAUGGAAAUAAAAAGGGUCAGACGUAAAACAUUUUUAAAAAGCAGUGAAAGAAAAGUACAUCAUAUGCCACAGAAGAGGAUGAAUGGUUAAACAAAAAGGCAGGAAGCAUUAUGGUCAACACAGAUAAACUGCCAGGAAUGGCUUUUCACUUUUUCCCAUCUUAUGAUGCAACUGUUUACACCAUCAAAUGAGAUGCUAAUUGUUCUCUCACCAAGAGCUUUCACUUUAAAAUCAGAUGCUGUCUAUUAUAUAUCUCAGUGUUUGCCACUCAUCUCACUCCCACACGUGUUUAGCAGCCAAAAUGGUGAACAUUCUAAUCAUGACACGCAGUGCGAGCUCUGGAGCAGUAUCCUGUAACUUCCUCAUGGACGAUCAACAUUAGCAAUACGACGAUGGCACUAGCAUGACAUCUAAACUUUGUGUGACAGUGUUGUUUCUGCAGUAUUUAAACCAAGAAGUAGGGUGCUUCUGUUUUUAUGAACAUUGAUAAAAAUAAAAGACGGUCCGGUCCCAUUACCAGCACCCUUUCAUCACAAGCUAUUUAAACCACAACAAUAAUGCUAUUGUUUGAAUGUACUACUAUCACUAUUAUUUAAAAAUACUUUUUUUUGUACAUUUCUUUUGCAGACAUCAAGAAAAUCCAAGUGAUUGUUGUCUUGUGACUAUAUAUAAUUUUACUGAAUGGCCAUUCUAACUUAAAAGACACGUUAUGUAUUUAAAUAUCAGCAAUAUGUUGUAUUUAAUCUUGAAAAUAUUUAAGAUACCUGCACUCAACAGAGCAUACAGCAGAGAGAAAGCCUGCCGUCCACAUGAAGUAAGUUAUGGUAGCUUUACAUCCGUACAAAUAAUAAAUGUAUUGAAUCCACUUCCAACCUUAUCAUUGCACACAUGUUGGUGUCCUACACAUGAUAGCAGACAUAGGUAGUGCUGCCUUUAAAAGCUCAACUAACAAGUCAAUUGAAAGCUCUGUGUAUUGUAGCUACUGAAGUGUGUAACAACAGGUGUAUUUGCUAGUUGUGUCUGCAUGUGUCAUGAAAAAAUAGGACUGACAUUAAAACUGGGACUUUAGUGCCUUUCAAACAGGGGCUGUAAAAGUGUUCUUUGCUGAGCUUAGUAAUUGUUUUUCAGUGUUGCAUUUUUCUCUCUAAAUGGAAACAUUUAAGCAGCAGCUUGUAAAAUGUUUGACAAUAUACCUCUAAUAAACAAAGCAAACAGCACAA